AUGAAUCCGCUUCACCCGACGCCGCGCAUCCUGGCCUCGUCCUCGUCCUCGUCGUCCCCUGCCGCGCGUCUCCUGCUUCUCCACCCUCGCUUCCUCCCGCAUCCUCGGCACUUUAUCGCCCCUCCCCGUCGAGCUCCCACCGCCACGCCCGACUUCACCCCGACAUCGUCAUCGUCGUCGUGCAAUCCAAGAGCGCACCUCUCGCGCCAGCUUCGCAACAUGGCUGGCUCUACAGCCCCGACCGAGCUGCGGUUCAAGAACCCCGCCAUCCUCGUCGCCACCACGACCAAACUGCUCACCUUCGCCAACGCCGUCAACAUCCCCGUCCACGCCACGACCCAGACGGCCGCCAAACUCGGCCCUACCGUCCCCGCCGUCGCCGCCCUCCUCCCCUCCACGCCGCACGACAAGACCAUGUUCUCCAUGCUCAUCCCGCCCCUGGCUGCUGCCCUGCCGCCCCGUUCGCGCGUCGCCCUCGUCGGCAUCGAGUCCCACAUCUGCAUCACCCAGACGGCCCUGGACCUCCGCGACGCCGGCCACCUCCCCUACGUCAUCGCCGACGCCGUGAGCAGCUGCAACAAGACAGAGGUCAUCAUCGCCCUCGACAGGCUGCGCGCCGAGCACGGCGUCACCGUCACCUCCUCCGAGAGCUGGAUGUACGAGUGCAUGGGGGACGCUUCCAACCCGGCUUUCAAGACCCUGAUUGGCGUCGUCAAGGCUGCCGUUGCCGACACCAAAAGGGUCCUCGAGUCGCUGCCGCCCACCUCCAAGUUUUAG